CACUCAUUGCUUUGUGCCUUCCUGUCCAGCCUCCUGAACCCUGGAAUCUGGACCCUGUACCUGCUGCCUUUCCUGAACCAACUUUACGAUGUGGUGUGGCGAACAGCAAUGUGACAAGAUGACAGUGAAGAAUGCUCGUGUUGGAGCGAGGAUCUCCCCGUCUCUCUCUGCUCUGUGAAAGGAUCCACUGAUGAAGAGUCGUGCAGGGAGGUGGUGCAGCUGCAGCCUCCUCCUCCCCCUCCUCCUCCUCCUCCACAGGCCUCAGAUGGCUGCUGCCUGUGUUCAGCUCCUGUUGGCUGCCACCGUGUGGAAGAUGCCUCACAUGGGAGCUGCUGCUGCAGCCGCGUUGUCGAGCUCCACAGAGCUGCUCAACAUGACCGGAGCUGGAGCUGAGACAGACUUCAGGAUGCUCAGUGGAGCCGUCAGCAGACGUAAACGAGCCAUUUCAUCCAGAGAGAUCAGUGCUCUGCUGGAUUAUCACAACCGGGUCCGCUCUCAGGUUUUCCCCCCCGCAGCUAAUAUGGAGUUCAUGCUCUGGGACGAGGGGCUCGCUAAGUCAGCUGACUCCUGGGCUUUACGAUGCGUUUGGGAUCACGGUCCGACGCAGGCUAUGAGAUAUUUGGGCCAAAACCUGUCAAUCACUUCAGGAAGGUACCAGUCCAUCACUGAUCUGGUCCGGUCCUGGUACAAUGAGAGGCAUCACUUCUCCUACCCGAACAGAUGCAGUGGAUCAGUGUGCUCUCACUACACUCAGAUGGUGUGGGCGAGCACCAACAGAGUGGGAUGUGCUGUCAGGAAGUGCUCAAACAUGUACGUGUUUGGAAGCACAUGGAGGGAGGCAACGCUGCUCGUCUGCAACUACUCUGUAAAAGGGAACUGGGUCGGAGAGGCUCCCUAUAAAAGCGGAAAACCUUGCUCUGUCUGUCCGUCCAGCUAUGGCGGCUCCUGCUGGAGAAACCAGUGCUCACCAAACACAAAGCACAGGACACUUAAAAGAUAUUAACACAACAUGUGGUUUUAAAUGUGUUUAAUGAGAGUAAAGAAGUCACAAUACAUUUAAAGUCAAGUUUUAACCCACAUGAGGGCUGCAGCUGAUGCAGCUGUCCAGUUAUAUUAAUGAAUGUUUCACACACAGGUGAGUUGGUGUGGUUGUAUGUACAGUGUAUGUUUAUUUUCAUUGCUGUUGGUCACUAAUAUAAUAGUACUGAACGCCAAAGAAAUGUUUGCCCAUUUGUAUACUUCUUGAAGACAUGAUGGAGAGUUUUUGCACUGCUAGUGAUUACUGUUUUUGAUGCAUUAACCAAAAAUAAAGCACUUUUGUUGUACAGAU